AUGAACAUCACGAUUGCCAGUGACUAAAUGACAUCUACAGCAUGUGUACAAACUUGCUGCACAGUUCAUGUGUUGUAUUUAAUGUAAUUUAAUAACCUGCACAUCUCAGGUUGUCAUCGAAAAAACUGUAUCACCUCGCGAUAAGAAUUUGCACACGGAGCAUGACGUUUCAUUGGCAACCACUUGAAGACGGAGAGGUAGUCCUGCAGCCGGGAGGACGUGCUGCCAAGGGGUGAAGAGGCACCAUGGAGGAGCUGCACAGCCUGGACCCCCGGAGACAGGAGCUGCUGGAGGCACGCUUCAUGGGUGGGGUCAGCGGCAGCACAGGGGGCAGCACUGGCAGCACAAGUGGGGGAACCAAAGGUUUGACCAAUAAUGAAUGUUCAAAUCACAGUUUUGGAAGCCUGGGAUCUUCAAGCGACAAGGAGUCAGAGGGGUCAGAGAUGAAAAGAGGCAGUUCUCCGGCUUAUUCGACCCCAGAGAAGAAACAGUCCGAAACAACUAGAGGUAGAAAAAGAAAACCUGACAUCCACUCAGAGAGCAGCCAGGGAAAAUCAGUUGUGCGAGGACCCAAAAUAAGUGAUUAUUUUGAUUUCCAGGGAGGAAAUGGGUCCAGUCCAGUUAGAGGUCUCCCACCCAUUCGUUCACCGCAGAACUCACAUUCCCACUCCACUCAGGGCACUGCUGUUAGGCAAAAUAGCUCAUCUCCUACUAGUCCGUCUUUUGGGGACCACAUGAUGCAUCCAAAGCAACUAGCAGUCAAAUUGGUUCAGACUGACCUUACAGUGUUGAAACUGGCUGCCCUUGAAAGCACUAAGAAUCUAGACCUUGAGAAGAAAGAAGGGCGAAUAGAUGAUUUGCUAAGGGCAAACUGUGAUCUCAGGAGACAGAUAGAUGAGCAACAAAAAUUACUUGAAAAGUACAAGGAAUGCUUGAAUAAGUGCAUCACCAUGAGCAAGAAGUUGCUUAUAGAAAAGAGUAACCAAGAGAAACAGGCCUGUCGGGAGAAGAGCAUGCAGGAUAGACUACGUUUAGGCCACUUUACUACAGUGAGACAUGGAGCCUCAUUCACAGAACAGUGGACAGAUGGUUAUGCCUUCCAAAACCUUGUCAAACAACAAGAGUGGAUAAACCAACAGAGGGAGGACAUUGAGAGGCAGAGAAAACUUCUAGCCAAGAGGAAACCUCCAUCGUUCAGCAACGCCCAAGCACCCACCACAAACUCUGAGCCAAAGCAACGUAAAACCAAGGCAGUGAAUGGAGCAGAAAGUGAUCCCUUUCUAAAACCCAGCCUACCUCAGCUGCUGACACUAGCAGAAUACCAUGAACAGGAAGAGAUCUUCAAACUGCGACUUGGACAUCUCAAGAAGGAAGAAGCUGAGAUCCAGGCGGAGCUGGAGCGUCUGGAGAGAGUGCGCAACCUUCACAUUCGGGAGCUGAAGAGAAUAAAUAACGAAGACACUUCACAAUUUAAAGAUCACCCAACGCUGAAUGAACGAUAUCUGCUCCUGCACCUUCUAGGGAGAGGAGGCUUUAGUGAAGUUUACAAGGCUUUUGACUUAAUUGAGCAACGAUAUGCUGCUGUGAAAAUCCAUCAACUUAACAAGAACUGGAGAGAAGAGAAGAAGGAGAACUACCACAAGCAUGCUUGUCGAGAGUACAGAAUACACAAGGAGCUGGACCAUCCUCGAAUUGUGAAACUUUAUGACUACUUCUCACUGGACACAGACACGUUUUGCACUGUUAUGGAAUACUGCAAAGGCAACGACUUGGAUUUUUACUUGAAGCAGCAUAAGCUAAUGUCUGAGAAGGAGGCACGGUCCAUAGUCAUGCAGAUUGUGAAUGCACUAAAAUAUCUGAAUGAAAUCAAGCCCCCGAUCAUCCAUUAUGAUCUUAAGCCAGGCAAUAUCUUGUUGGUGGAUGGCACAGCCUGUGGGGAAAUCAAAAUCACUGACUUUGGUUUGUCCAAAAUCAUGGAUGAUGACAACUAUGGUGUAGAUGGGAUGGACCUGACAUCGCAGGGUGCAGGGACCUAUUGGUACUUGCCCCCUGAAUGUUUUGUGGUUGGUAAAGAGCCUCCAAAGAUCUCCAACAAGGUGGAUGUGUGGUCUGUGGGUGUUAUCUUUUUCCAAUGUCUCUAUGGAAGAAAGCCUUUUGGCCACAAUCAGUCACAACAGGACAUCCUACAGGAGAACACCAUACUCAAAGCAACUGAUGUCCAGUUUCCUGUCAAGCCUGUUGCCAGUAAUGAAGCAAAGGCCUUCAUAAGGCGGUGCCUGGCGUACAGGAAGGAAGACCGGAUUGACGUUCACCAGCUGGGAAGCGACCCCUACUUGCUCCCACACAUGCGGAGGUCAACCUCCUCUGGAAAUCUGCAUAUGAGCGCUGCUGGCUCAGGACCAGCAUCAUCUCAUACUAACAGCCUUGGACUGUGAUGGAAAGGCAACCUGACCAAGUUGCUCCCACACCUGCAGUGCUCCUUAGAGGCUUAGGCUUGUGGGAAAAGCAACCGGAAGGAGCAGGGCACAAGUAGGGAGAUCUCACCUGGCCUCCUCUGGCCUGUGCCAGGCUGCUUCUCCUUUACCCAGGCUUGAUCAAUGGAGGGAUUGUGAAUGUUUUUAAGGGACAUGAGUUAAAGGAUCUUUUGAGGGUCCAACAGAGAAGCACUGAAACUGACGACGUACCUUGAAGAAAAUGUGACUGGACACUGUCCAGAUGUUGUGAAUGGAUAAAGCCUUGAAGGGCCAAAGGGAGAUUUGGCAGCCUGUCAUUUAGAUUAAAUAACAUGGUCCUGCCAGGCUGCAACUGACUGAGCUGCUAGAGGUUAAUUUACUGUGAUGAGAAGACAGUCAUUUUAGAACCACCAAGGUUUCAGUUAAUUUGGCUAAAUGGUUCUGUUCUCACAAAUGUUAGGCUUAAAUUUGAGUUACUAUAGCCAAGAGAAUGUAAUGUGUAGCAUACAAGUGGCAUCUAGUGACACAUAGGUUGGAGCAGCAUACUUGCGUUUAAUGCACAAAGUAACCAAAUGUAGAAAAUGACUGUAAAAUCCUAUGCAGGAAUAUUAACUAAUUGGAAACUGUAUAUGCUGUACAGGUGAAUUUUCCAAAUUUGAGCUGCAGCAGUAAUAUGUACAGAGCUAAAAUGUUCACGUGUAAAACUAAUUUCCUUGAGUGCUUUCAAUUUGCUGCUCUGAUGCUCUUACUUUUUCAAGGGCUUUAUGUUCCACUUUAGGUACAGACUGUAUGGUUCUACCAAGAGUGAAUAAUAAAUACCAGGAAACACUUUC